AAAAGGUAUUUAAAUUCACACGUGUUUUCAAGAAAAAUGGCGGACAACGAUAAAAAGAAAAAGAAAUCGCAGAGUUUGGCUGAUGUGCAGCACUCCGAAAGCUUCCUGCUGCAGCCAUCAGCAAAAGUUGACAAGUUAGACUCCUCACAAUGGCCACUACUGUUGAAGAAUGUCGACAAGCUCAAUGUGAGGACAGCCCAUUACACACCUAUUCCAACAGGGUGCUCUCCCCUGAAGAGACCAAUCGAUGAUUAUGUUAGGAGUGGAUUUUUCAAUUUGGAUAAACCAGCUAACCCUUCAUCACAUGAGGUUGUGGCUUGGAUCAAACGUAUUCUUCGAGUAGAGAAAACCGGACACAGCGGGACACUUGAUCCAAAAGUAACAGGCUGUCUUAUUGUCUGCAUACAAAGAGCCACACGAUUGGUCAAGUCUCAACAGGGAGCUGGGAAGGAAUAUGUGUGUAUUUUCCGCCUUCACAGUCCUGUGGCGGACGAGCGGUUAGUCUGUCAGAAACUGGAGAUGCUGACAGGAGCUUUGUUCCAAAGACCUCCAUUGAUAUCAGCUGUCAAGAGACAGUUGAGGAUAAGAACAGUUUACGAGUGUAACAUGCUGGAGUAUGACAAAGAGAAAGGCAUGGGUAUUUUCUGGGUAAGCUGUGAGGCCGGCACAUACAUUAGAACCAUGUGUGUCCACCUUGGACUUUUCCUUGGGGUCGGAGGUCAGAUGCAGGAGCUCCGGCGUGUGCGGUCAGGCAUUCAGUCAGAAAAGGAGGGAUUAGUGACCAUGCACGACGUCCUGGACGCCCAGUGGAUGUACGAUAACCACAAGGAUGAAACUUAUCUACGCCGUAUCAUCAAACCGCUGGAGGCUCUCCUCACCUCCCAUAAACGCAUCAUAAUGAAGGACACAGCUGUCAAUGCUGUGUGUUAUGGGGCGAAGAUUAUGUUGCCAGGAGUACUCCGAUAUGAGGACGGCAUCGAAAUCAAUGAUGAGAUCGUGAUCAUUACAACCAAGGGCGAGGCUGUUGCUCUGGCAAUUGCUCAGAUGACAACUGCUGUGAUGUCGACUUGUGACCAUGGUAUUGUGGCUAAAAUUAAACGUGUUAUUAUGGAGAGGGACACUUAUCCAAGGAAGUGGAAGCUCGGACCUGUAUCAAGUAAGAAACAGAAAAUGAAGGCAGAAGGCUUGCUAGACAAACAUGGAAAACCAAACGAAAAGACUCCUAAAGGCUGGAUCAGUUCUUACCAUGAUUACAGUACUAUGAAGAAAGAGAAACCAGAUGGUGCAGGUGACGCUACCCCGUCGACACCUGUUCAGUCAAACAAGAGAAAGCUGGACACUAGCAGCUCGGAUGAGAGUGAACCUCCCACCCCAAAAACACCAGCAACACCUUCCCCCGAAACACCUAACUCGAAAGACAAGAAGAAGAAGAAAAAGAAGAAGAAGGAACAGGAUGAAGACGACGAAACCCCAGCAGAAACAUCAAUGACAGAGGCAUCAUCAGAGAAAAAGAAAAAGAAGAAAAAGAAACACAAGAAAAUGAAAGAAGAUGAUAGUGACUGAGAGGUUUUGAAUUGUUGAUGGAUGAAUGUGGUGAAUUUGUUGAAGGAAUGAGAGAUAUCGACCAUGUGUAAAUAGUUCCUGCAUCUUGUGACUGCUGACUACAGUAUAUACACAUUGUCUCCAGCUACAGAUACAUCAGCCUGUGUAGAAAGUGACAUACUUUUAAUACCAAGCCCUAGAAGUUUCCCGACAAUGUAGAGGAGUGAUGAUUGUGUUGAGCACACGAGUCCAGGUACAAAGAGGAAACACAAACUGGAGCAUUUAGUACAGCUCUGAAAAGUAUAAAAGACAGACAUAUCACUUUGUGUAGAAAAAUGUCUCAGACUGCAAGUUAAACUGAUGUUUUAAAGAAAUUAAGCAAAUGAAAUGUGUUAUGAAGUAAUUAUAAAAAAAGCACAAUACUUUAACACAGUGCUUUCUGACAGUAGACCCUUGAGGAUAUGUUUUUAGCUUCACAAAAAUGAGUUCAGAGUUUUGGUUUUGAAAGGACAUGUUUAUUUGGCAUAUGUUAUAACUUGAAAAUCAGAAGUUACGAAAACCUUAAGGGUCAACUGGAAUCCUUACUUACAUUUACGUUAUCAUAUAUUAAGUUAAGAUUUAUUUACUAGUCUUCUACUCGUAGAAUUUCAAUUGGAAUCAGAGAAUUUUUUUUAAUACUUAAAUUUAACAUUGUGUAACUCAUUGUUUUGAGCAUUACAGUUAAAAAGGACCACACUAAAAAAAAGCGGAUGCUUCUGAAUCUGUGUGUUGUUGAUACUUGUUACCAUGGCAGUGCCUAAUCUUGUUACUGUAAGAUAUAUAUCUGUUUGAGUGAGUUACCCAAAUGUGUACCCUCUAAAUAGAGUACUUUUCUCCUAAUUUGAUAAUUUCUGUUUAAUAUGUGAGGUAUUGCUGUAGAUACUAUAGUUAAGUCUGUAAUUAAAAGUAUAGCAGUCACCACACCGUUACCUGUACAUUUCCUUUUGACAACCAGGAAGGGUUAUGACAACUGAUGUCGUGUAGCCUAACUAUAAUGUUGUAAUUGUGUGACUAGUGAUCUACUGAUCUUCCUGGUGCAAUUAAUGAUGUGUUCAAAACUACUGUUAUUAUGUUGUUUUUCACUCUGACUGUUACGCACGGGAUUAAAACGUUCUUACGACCCAGAAUGAAAAAUUUACCCCAGUUUCUGAUCCCUAGAUCACUUCCUAUUGUAAUCGGUAGUAAGGGUAUCGGGAUUGGAUACUGCGGCUAAUCUUUCCUUCUGGACCCAGAAUGGGAUGAAGGGUUCGGACCCUGGGGUUAAUUUUCCAUUCUGUCGAGCCAUUGUGUAUUGUUAUGCUGUGUAAGUAGAUGGAGAAUCAAAGUAUACAUGUUUCUAUUGGUCCAUGUAACAAAGUAAUCCAAUGUUCAAAUUUCUAAAUUUGGAAAUAAGAAUCUCUUAACUUAGAGGAUGACAAGAAAACAUUUACGCAAACAAAAAAUUAUAUGGCAGCAUUUCAUUAAUUUCUUAAACUGAACAAGAUUUUCUCAGCAUUUUGUAGAUGUUUUCAUUGAUUUUUUUUUUUGUAUUGCUCACAAGGUCUGUGAAUGGCGAGUGAUUACGUCAGUGUUAUGUUAUCACGGCAGACACGCAUUUAAAUCGGUAAGAUUGCUGUUUUAUUUUGUCAUUGUCUCAUGAAGUCACAAUCCUAUUCAGCCAUUUCAAAAGAUUUUUACCAUAUCAUGGAGUACUGCAUUUACGAUGUUGUGAAAAAACACAGACAUGACAAUGACCAGGUCAGUGUUAUUUUUCUGUAUAAAACCUUGUAAAGUGAUUGGUUGUAGAGUAGGGAUAUCUGGAUUUGCAGGGAACGAGUUGUGCUACCUAACAUACCAGCCACUGCUGUCUAUAGAGGUUAAAUGUAUUCUCCUACACUUGCACGUAUCAUUGAAAAAACUUUGUAGGAUAACUAUGAUGUACAAAGUGUUUGCUAUAUAAGUAGGUUGAAGUCAUUGUUUAUAUAAAUCGCUUAUUUGUUUUUAGUACAGAUGUAUUUUCUAUUAUUGUUUGUGAAUGAUAUCAUUCAUGAAAGUUGAGUGUGUUUUAUUUUUAACCAAUCCUAUGUAUUUUUGGUCCUGAUCGGAAAAUCUGUGCUGAAAUAUAAAUGUUAUGUUGAUUUAAGUCAUCAAUUUUAGAACGACCAUGGUCAAGGAAGGCUGUGUAGGAAAAUAUAAAGUGGAGUCUCUGUCGUAUUGGCUGGUUAUAUUGAGGUCCCUUAGAGUUGGUUACAGUAGAUUUACUGCCAACUCAGUAUAUACAAGGGAGGUAAAUCAUACUGGGUAAGAGACACUAAUAAUUAAAUAUUAUCUUAAAGCUGGUGAAACUGCAACACUUUGUUGCUUGAAAUGCCUUCACCCAGUAACCAUUGUUAGUUGUUAAAAAUGACCAUUUCUAUGGUCAGGUUGGAUUUCACAAAAUUUAUUUCAAAUAAAUCAAUUAUCAUAUGU